AUGGUUUUGCUUGCGGUGACAUUGACGGAAGUGGUCGUCGCGGCUCCUGAGCGAAAGGUGGUCCAAUCCAAACUACUCGAGCCCGUCGCUGAGUUAGACAACCACACCUGGAAUGGGCUCACGGUAAUGCUUGUUCUGGUAGUAUCUGUGUCCGACCCCGGCAUCUCUGAUGCCAUUGAGGAUGUUGCAUCUGUGAUAUUUGAUGUCAUGCAGAUGGCUGUCGUCACGCCGGUUUUGAUUGUAACUGUCGUAGAGACGGACGCAGGCUUUGAGGAGUUCGAAAUGUACGGCUUGGCUGCUGGAGACGACGUGGUGUAA